AUGGCUCUUUCUGCUCGCUGUGGGCAGCAGGCUGCCUCUUUGUUGCGGCAACGAUGCCUGGUUGAAUCUCGCCCAGUUGCUCUCCGCUCCUUUUCAACGUUCAAUGCCUCGCGAUCAGCUGCUUCGAGCCUCCGGCUAAAACAGCAGACUGCCUCGGUGCUGCACUCGCAGCAAUUGCGGCUGUUUUCUAGCUGCUUGCACCGAUUAGCCACCGAGCCCCAGGCUGCUCCCUCCGCCCACUCCUAUCUCGCCAGCGGAGCCAUCAAAAACUCCGCUGAUCUCGUCGAUGUCAAGAAGGUUUUGGUGAUUGGUAGUGGUGGUCUGAGCAUUGGACAGGCUGGAGAGUUCGAUUACUCUGGAUCCCAAGCAUUGAAGGCUCUCAAGGAAGCCGGCGUGAAGUCCGUCCUGAUCAAUCCUAAUAUUGCUACCAUUCAAACCGAUCAUAAAUUGGCCGACCAAGUAUAUUACUUACCGGUUACCCCCGAGUACGUGACUCACGUGAUCGAGCGAGAGCAACCCGAUGGUAUUUUCCUGAGCUUUGGCGGCCAGACUGCGCUCAAUCUCGGUGUGCAGAUGAAUCGUAUGGGAAUCUUUGAUCGGUAUAAAGUCAAGGUUCUGGGAACCAGUGUCAGAACGCUCGAGACUAGUGAAGAUCGUGAUCUCUUUUCCAAGGCCUUGAACGAGAUCGAGAUUCCAAUUGCUGAAUCAAUUGCUUGUAACACAGUGGAUGAAGCAUUGGACGCCGCCGAUAAGAUCGGAUAUCCCAUCAUUGUUCGUUCGGCUUAUGCUCUUGGUGGUCUCGGCUCCGGUUUCGCUUCCAGCCGGGAAGAAUUGAAGAAUCUGUCUUCGCGAUCUCUCAGUCUCGCGCCUCAAAUUUUGGUCGAGAAGUCACUGAAGGGCUGGAAGGAAGUUGAGUAUGAAGUGGUUCGUGAUGCCAACAACAACUGCAUUACAGUUUGCAACAUGGAAAAUUUUGAUCCUCUUGGAAUCCACACUGGAGACAGUAUUGUCGUUGCUCCCAGUCAAACUCUUUCUGACGAGGAAUACCAUAUGCUCCGUACUGCCGCUAUUAAGAUUGUACGUCAUCUUGGCGUUGUCGGAGAGUGUAACGUCCAGUACGCCUUGCAACCAGAUGGUUUAGACUACCGAGUUAUCGAGGUCAAUGCUCGUCUCUCUCGUUCUUCAGCAUUGGCCUCCAAGGCAACUGGUUAUCCUUUGGCCUACACUGCAGCCAAGAUUGGUCUAGGUCACUCACUUCCUGAACUGCCAAAUGCCGUCACCAAGACAACUACUGCCAACUUUGAACCUAGUUUGGAUUACAUUGUCACCAAGAUCCCCCGCUGGGACUUGAGCAAGUUCCAGCAUGUAAAGCGGGACAUCGGAAGUGCCAUGAAAUCGGUCGGCGAGGUUAUGGCUAUCGGUCGUACUUUUGAGGAAUCAUUCCAAAAGGCCAUUCGUCAGGUUGAUCCUAGAUUCGUUGGCUUCCAAGGGGACCAUUUCGAGAACCUCGAUGAUACCCUUAAGAACCCUACGGACCGUCGUUGGUUGGCCGUCGGUCAAGCCAUGAUUCACGAGAACUAUUCAGUUGACAAGGUGCAUGAGCUCACUAAGAUUGAUAAGUGGUUCUUAUACAAGCUUCAGAACAUUGUGGACUGCCAGAACGAACUAAAGGAAAUUGGUAGCCUUUUUGGCCUGAAGAAGGAGAUGCUGAUGAAGUCCAAGAAGCUUGGUUUCUCCGAUAAGCAGAUUGCCAUGUGCGUUGGUUCAACAGAGGAUGAUGUUCGUGCUCGUCGUCUAAGCUUUGGCAUUCGCCCUUGGGUCAAGAAAAUUGAUACUCUCGCUGCUGAAUUCCCUGCCGAUACAAACUACCUCUACACCACCUACAAUGCUACCUCUCACGAUGUGACUUUCGACGACCAUGGUACUAUUAUUCUUGGUAGCGGUGUCUACCGAAUUGGUAGCUCCGUCGAGUUUGAUUGGUGUGCUGUCAAUGCUACCCUGUCCUUGAGAAACAUGGGUAAGAAGACGGUGAUGAUCAACUACAACCCAGAAACUUACUCGACCGAUUUCGACACUGCUGAUAAAUUGUACUUCGAAGAACUCAGCUACGAACGUGUCAUGGACAUAUAUGAGCUUGAGAACGCCAGUGGCGUUGUCGUAUCUGUCGGCGGUCAGCUGCCUCAGAACAUCGCUCUUCGCUUGCAAGAGAAAGGUGGUGCUCACAUCCUUGGUACUGACCCUGCCGAUAUCGACAAGGCUGAGGACCGUCACAAGUUCUCCCAGAUCUUGGACAGCAUUGGAGUUGACCAACCUGCUUGGAGUGAGCUUACUUCCGUGUCUGAAGCCGAGACCUUCGCAGAGAAGGUUGGAUAUCCCGUCCUUGUUCGGCCCAGUUACGUUCUUUCCGGUGCUGCUAUGAGUGUUAUCUACAGCCAGGAUGAACUAAAGGAGAAGCUUCUCAAUGCCAGCGCUGUCUCUCCCGAUCACCCAGUUGUUAUCACCAAAUUCAUUGAGGGUGCCCAAGAAAUUGACGUUGAUGCUGUUGGAUCCAACGGAAAAUUGAUUCUGCACGCAGUCAGUGAGCACGUUGAAAAUGCCGGAGUGCACUCUGGCGAUGCCACUCUUGUCCUGCCUCCAGUAUCGCUUGAGGAGCCUGUCAUGGCCCGUGUCAAGGAGAUCGCAGAGAAGGUUGCAAAGGCGUGGAACAUCACCGGUCCUUUCAACAUGCAAAUCAUCAAGGCCGACAACCCCGAAGGUGGCGAGCCAUUCCUGAAGGUCAUCGAAUGCAAUCUUCGUGCUUCUCGCUCUUACCCCUUCGUCAGCAAGGUUCUUGGCACCAACUUCAUCGACGUCGCAACCAAGGCCCUUGUUGGCCGUGAUGUUCCCGAACCGGUUGAUCUUAUGGCCCAAAAGCGCGACUAUGUCGCUACCAAGGUUCCUCAAUUCAGCUGGACUCGCCUUGCUGGUGCCGACCCCUUCCUUGGCGUCGAGAUGGCCAGUACCGGUGAAAUUGCCUGCUUUGGCAAAGAUCUUAUCGAGGCUUACUGGGCUUCCCUGCAGUCUACCAUGAACUUCAGACUCCCAGAAGUUGGUGAGGGUCUUUUGUUCGGUGGUGACUACACCGACACCCUAUCCCAGAUCGUCGAUUACUUGCAGCCCCUGAAUUACAAAUUCUACGCUGCCAGCCCCGAAGUCAAGGCUCAACUGGAAAGCAAAUCUACGAACCCCGUCAACAUCGAAGUCAUCGAAUUCCCCAAGGAAGACAAGCGAGCUCUACGUGAGGUAUUCCAGAAAUACGACAUCCGUGGUGUCUUUAAUCUCGCCAAACGCCGAGGCAAGACUCUUCUUGACGAGGACUAUGUUAUGAGACGAAACGCCGUCGAUUUCGGUGUCCCUCUCUUUAUGGAGCCUAAGACCGCCCUUCUCUUCUCACAAUGCAUGAACGAGAAGCUCCCCCGCCCAGAAGGCAUUCCAUCCGAAGUCCGCAGCUGGUCUGACUUUGCUGGUACUACCAUGAUGUAA